UUUCGCUGGCGGCUCGGCGGCGGGGGCUGCGCGAGCCUCGCUGGUUGCUGCGGGGACCGGGCGCUAACCGCCGCCAACUGCCGCGCCCCACGCAGCCUCACAGCCCACCUCUGAAGUCGGGUUUUAGUGACUGACCUUUUAGGAGGAGGAGAUGGGAUUCUGACAUGCCGGAGACAACAGAGAGAGCCAGCAUCAGAAGCGAGACUAGAAAUCAGGAGUAGAAGCAUAAAGAGGCGUUUCCUUUAUGAAGGCUGAUAAGAGAGUCGAAUAGCAGUUUGAAGUGGUAUGGCUUGACUGCUUUUACAUUUGCAAUGAGAGAGCUACAUUUCUCAGUGCUGGAGGGGAAGCGAUGCUAGUAGUGGAUUAUACUCAUUGCAGCACAAUUGAAAACAAUAAAUCCUAAUCACUGGUAGACUAUAAACAAGUGUGAUGCUGAAAUGAGAUGAGGCUCCGAAAUGGAACUGUGGCCACUGUGUUAGUUUUCAUCACUACUUUCCUCAGUUUAUCCUGGUACACUGCGUGGCAAAAUGGGAAAGAAAAGUUGAUUGCUUACCAACGGGAAUUCCAUGCUUUGAAAGAACGCCUUCGCAUAGCUGAGCACAGAACUCUGCAGCGCUCCUCUGAGUUAAAUGCCAUCUUGGAGCAGUUCAAGCGUGCAGUAGCAGAAACAAAUGGAAGUAAGGAUGCAUUAAACAAUUUUUCAGAUGAAACACUGAAAUUGCUAAAAGAGCUAACAAGCAGAAAAUCUCUUCAAGUGCCAAAUAUUUAUUACCAUUUGCCUCACUUAUUGAAGAAUGAAGGAAGUCUUCAACCAUCAGUGCAGAUUGGCCUUGGACGAACAGGAGUUUCAAUUGUGAUGGGAAUUCCCACGGUGAAAAGAAAAGUCAAAUCUUAUCUUACAGAAACUCUCCAUUCUCUUAUUGAUAAAUUGUCUCCUGAAGAGAAAUUGGAUUGUGUUAUGGUUGUCUUCAUAGGAGAGACAGAUCUUGAUUAUGUCCAGGGUGUUGUAGCAAGCCUGGAAAAAGAAUUUUCUACAGAAAUCAAUUCUGGCUUGGUGGAAGUAAUAUCCCCUCCUGCAACUUAUUAUCCUGACUUGACAAACUUAAAAGAGACAUUUGGAGAUUCAAAAGAGAGAGUCAGAUGGCGAACAAAGCAAAACUUAGACUACUGCUUUCUUAUGAUGUAUGCCCAGAAAAAGGGCAUCUAUUAUAUUCAGCUUGAAGAUGACAUUGUUGUCAAACAAAAUUAUUUCAGCACAAUAAAAAAUUUUGCACUUCAGCUUGCUUCUGAAGAUUGGAUGAUUCUAGAAUUUUCUCAGCUGGGUUUCAUUGGUAAAAUGUUCCAGUCUCCAGAUAUCACGCUUAUUGUGGAGUUUAUAUUUAUGUUUUAUAAGGAGAAACCUAUUGAUUGGCUGUUAGAUCAUAUCCUCUGGGUGAAAGUCUGCAACCCUGAAAAAGAUGCAAAACAUUGUGAUCGACAAAAAUCUAAUCUACGGAUACGCUUCAGGCCUUCUCUUUUCCAACAUGUUGGCCUGCACUCCUCACUAGCAGGAAAGAUCCAGAAACUCACAGAUAAAGAUUUCUUGAAACCGUUACUACAUAAAAUUCAUGUGAACCCACCUGCAGAGGUUUCUACAUCUUUAAAAGUCUACCAAGGACAUACACUGGAAAAAACCUACAUGGGGGAGGAUUUUUUCUGGGCUGUUACUCCUGUUGCUGGGGAUUAUAUUCUAUUUAAAUUUGACAAGCCAGUCAACGUAGAAAGAUACCUGUUUCAUAGUGGCAAUCCAGAGCAUCCUGGCGAUAUAUUGCUAAAUACAACAGUGGAGGUUUUGCCUUUUAAGAAUGAAGACUUUGUAGUAACCAAAGAAACCAAAGACAAACGCUUAGAGGACGGCUAUUUUAGGAUAGGUAAAUUUGAAAGCGGCAUAGCAGAAGGUACAGUUGACCCAAGUCUAAACCCAAUUUCAGCAUUCCGACUUUCAGUAAUCCAAAACUCGGCAGUUUGGGCAAUUCUGAAUGAGAUCCAUAUUAAAAAGGUCACAAACUGAUCAACAUCUCUUUGGAGAUUGCAGACUUUUCCUAAUAAAUCCUACAUCCUUAACAAGUCACAGAUUGAAAGUACUAAGCAUGCACCUUAUUCAAGUCUUUCUGAUUUCUCACUCAAACUCUACCUCUUGUGAAAUCUACUGUAGAUGAGAAGAUUGUAAUUAACCCUUCUCGUCAGAUCCAUCCAGAAACUGAUGCUCCAUACUGUUAAUAUUCAUGAAGUCUAAAUUGUCCUCCAUUUCAACGUGACUUUACCAUCUUAUGGUUGCAGAAGUCUGCUACUCCUAGCCUGUACUAUUUUGAUGGUAUAGUAACACAGAGAAGUUGUACAUAUUGUUACAUUCCUUGAAGAUGAAAAACUAUAAUUAUUGUUAAAUGCAUUUUGUGAAGGGGGUACUUUCGGAGUUCCAUUUAUUUUGCUAUAACAACACCCUCUUUUAUAGACUAUCAGGGAGAUAUAUAUAUAUAUAUAUAUAUAAAAAAAAUGUUAGGGAUAUUUAAUUUAUUAAAAUAAUUUGAAAAGUACAUAUUUUUAUGCAGUAAAAUUUUAAAUUGAUAUGGGUUUUUUUUAUGGAUUAUCUAGCCGCUUAAGUUAUCUUUCUAUUUUUUGCUUUGGAGAUGCAAACUUAACAAACUAAUGCCAUAUUUCAAAUACACUGUCGUGGUUAAGAAAAUUACAUUAAGUAGUUUUGUACACAGAAUCUGAAAAAUAUUGUUCAAAGGCCUGAACAGAGUUUUGAAGAACAUUUCUCUUGAUGGCUGCUGUGUUUGACUGUGCAUCCACAUAAAAGCAUGUUGAAGUAUCCCAAUAUUUCAUAUUAUGUACUAAAUCUGCAGUGAUUUUUAGAAUUAAUAACAUUCUAGAAGGCAAUUUUAAUGUCAAGCUGUCCUUUAAAAAAACAACUUUGUACAGCUCUUAGAAUGAAUAAGUGCAUUCCCCAGCUUUGCAUUACAAUUACAUUACCUUUUUAGCAGGAAAAAAAUUGAAAUUAGACAUUAACUGCACAGUUCCCUCCUAAAAAUGCUUUUAGUGCAGUGUUGACUUCAGCUAGCUGUUACAUUGAUUAUAAUUUUUGUUUCUCUCGCAGAGGGGUCCAAUGUAAUGUCUUUCAUUGACUUCAAUGGAAAUUGAAUCUAGCCCUAAAUCAGUAGCCUACUUGUUUGCACUUUGAGGUAAAGAACAGUGAUUACCUGGCCAGUAACCCAGGCAGACAGCUGAAGCAGUUGUUACUACAUCUACAAGAGAACUAAGAAGUUAUAGGGCUUGCAUGUGCAAACUUAACUAAUAGAAGACCUGCUGCCUACUGGCAUUCACAACCCUAAAGUAGGCCCCAGUGGUAUGUCAGCACUGCGGAGGCAGCAUGUUCUGGCUGGAACUUCCCAGACAUGAUCUGUAAAUCCACUCCUGUUUAUCUUUUGCAUGGCCACUAUUGAGACCUCAGUCUCCACUGUGCAUGACAGCAGCUUCCAGAGAUGAUCCUGGACUGGCCUCACCAAUGUAUUUCUGAGUUUGGAGUGCAUGGGCAGGUACAAGAACGGGUGGGGAGGACAUGCUCAGGAACGUCCAAGCCAGGACAUACUGUCGCUGCAAUAUGGACUUGAACUCUUAUUUCCCUAUUGAAAGGAGCAUUGGGUACCUAAGGACAGGAUUCACAGAAGCCAGCAAAUGGUGCUAAACCAACUACAUUGGUAGUAUGAAAUGCUGAAGUGAGGAGUGGGGCAUGAGCUCCAUCCUCAGUGGGAAUUAGAUACCUCACUUCAGUCACAGGAAGGUGAUUAGUUCUGCUCAGGAUUGUGAACUGCCUCUUGCAGUUAGUGCCUGAACCAAAAGGAGCAUUUUGUUUUUGGGAGGAAUGGGAAGUGAAAGAGACCUCAGUAAGCCAAUAGUCCAGUUUGCAGGACAGGACACCUGUUUUCAAGUUUCCAGUGUGCUUGAUCUGGAACUGAAAUUUUAUUCCAGGACCCCAUGCUCCAAGGGCAGUGCCAAACUACUGGAUUAGGGUUUUUUUUUUUAAAUCUCUUCUCUUCUCUUUGAGUCUGAAUUAAGCAUACACUGGAGCAGGGGCUUGAACCCGACUCCCACAUUGCAGAUGAGUGCCUUAAGCACCAGGCUGUUGUGUAAGUCUCCUUUUUCCCUCUCUCUGCCCUUGUUUGCGAAGCCUGUUGGGGCUUAAAACAUUAAGAAGCGAAACAAUUUCAGGAGUUAAGCAGUUUUGUGUGUACCUAUUGGCAGACUCUUUGGUACCUAGAGAUUUUGGGCAUGUCCAGGAUUAGGCAAGAGCUGAACAUGAGUUUUAAAGAGCUCAUUUAUGCCUAAAGGUCAAGCAAAGCACUUCUGGUGGUCAUUGGGCAUCUCCGUUUGCUUGUGGAUCUAGCCCUUUGUGCUGCUCUAGGACAGUUAACAUACAAUACUAUUGAACAGGGUUGGUGAAUCUAAAUCUAAGCAAAGAUCUAAGAAUCUAUUUGGGUUUAUUUUCCCAAUUGUGUCUGCAAAAAUGCAGGCACUUUAAUAUAUAGCUAUUUAUUAACUUUCAUAUUACAACUUUUAGUCAGAUGUUUCUAUUUGUGAACAUGUGAUGCACUUUUUUUUUUUUGCCAAAAAUGAUUGUUUUAUUGUUCCAUAUUGUAAAAAUGAUUUAUUAUCAAGUAUUUUGGUACCACUGUUAGGUACCUUUCUGAGAGUGCUCUUUUAUAAUAGCUUAUUCAUCGUCUAGCUGGUCCUAAUGUUAAACAUGUAAGAUAAAUUCCUAAUGAUAUUUCUAAAUGUAAAGUGUACCCAAAACUGAUCAUGGUACUUUUGUGUUGUCAGUAUUGUUUUGCUAGCUUUACUCUAUUUUUUCUAACACACAAUAGCAUUUAUCUGAAAACUGACAAUUACUUUCAAAUUAUGCUGGGUGUUUUUUAAGAUUAAUGCAUAUUAUUUUGUUGCUUCUUACUAGCAGAAGCCAGAAACACCCCAGGCUGCUAUCAUAUUAAAAAAAUUCUUGAGGUUACACUUUUGCUAAACAAAUGUGCCCCAGCAGCACAAAUUAAUUCUUGUAUCCCUUUCUGGGAGGAUAGGUUUUAUAGAAUCAAAGUCUAUUUCAAACCUGACGUAGUUAGGCACGAUUCGCUUGACAGCCUCAGGAUAUAUUCUUUCAGUCAGUAGAGGGUGUGGAUGGAGAAAGGUUAGACUUAUGUGUAAAGAAAAUAAAUCCUCUUCAGACCAUUAUUUUAGGCUGCGGACAGAUGUUAUGUGUAGUACUACAAAUCCCUUUGUAGUGCUACAGAAGUUGAGAGGACUAAUGUGCACAUCCUCUGCAAUGCAACAAAAAUGGUAAAAGCACCAAGAACAUGUUCUUGGAUGAAAGAGGAACUUGCCAGUAGCACUACACAUAAUGUUUGUACAGUGCACUGUAGCACCACAGAGGGGUCUCUUGGUUCCCCAGCAUCCCACAGUGCUCCACUCUUUCCUUGCCCCUUCCCUCCUUCCUCUUCCAAGGUGGGGAGAGACAGAGAGUAGCAUGGAGUCCCUGAGUGCUCUGGUCUUCUAUUUUCCCAGUGGGGUGGCAGCCCUGGGAGACCAGUGUGGUCCCCCAAUCACUGACAGCCUAUCCAUUCCCCGCUCCAUGAGGGAGACUCCCAAAGAUGCACCAUGCUUUGUAGACAUGCUCCCCUCCCCUGGUGGAGGAGAGCAACAUGGGAGCAGAUUAACAGGGUUGAGCAAUCCCUCUUGUGUCGUGUCUGACACCCCCCUGAACGCUACUGAAUGCCUUAAGGGCAACUCUGUACUGCUUCAGUCAGGGGGCUCUGCAUGUUUCUCUGCACCAGUAGUGUUUUUUGUAGCACAUCAUCAGCAUGCUGCAGUGCUACAAAUGUAAUGUCUGUCCGCCACCUUAGACUCUUAAGCUUUCCAAAAUUCAGUAUUGCUAAAUCCGGCCAAACUGGUUGGAUAGCCUCUCUGGAGACUGAGGGUGGAGGUACACCACAGGAUUAUUAGAGUGUACAUGUAUGGAUUUUACUCCAUAAAAAGGAGAGUACAUACACCCAGCUGUCUGAAGCUAGCUGCCUACAGUAGGUGCUGUUGCAGUGCCUGGGCACAAGGUAGCAGGAGAACUGGUUCACGUUGAGCAAAUAGUUACCACUGUAUGAAACCGACUGUGGGAGCAAGACACAUUCCCACUAGCCGCAUAUUGUAAUUUUGUAACUUGAUCAUGUCGGAAAUUUCUUUACUAUGCAGUUUUGAGGAUGAUUUGCUAGAGUGGGGCUGUGCAUCAUACGUCUGCUCCACUUUUAUCGUUUAGUAAAAUUGGUUUACUAUGUAGUAAAUAUGAAGUGUUUGUAGCCUUCCUUAGUUAUCGUAAAUGAGUGCUUCAAAUGUUGCUGGACACUAGUCAGUUUGUGUACUGCAGUCCCCAGUGAUGUAGUUAAUAGACACUCUAGGUAUACUACAAAUUGUAUUAAACAUAAUUAAACAUUUAGCAGUGGUGAGGCCUCACCUGGAGUACGGUGUCCAGUUCUGGGCCCCAUGCUUCAAAAAGGACGUGGACAGUUUGGAAAGAGUCCAAAGCAGAGCAACAAAAAUGAAUUGGGGCCUGGGAGGCAAGACUGAUGAGGCAUGUUUGAAAGAACUAGGGUUAUUUAGCCUGAAAAAGAUAAGACUGAGGGAAGGGAGACUUGCUAACAAUCUUCAGAUACCCGAAAGACAAUUACAGAAAGGAUGGAGAUGGCCUUUUCUCUGUGUCCAUGGAGGACAGGACUAGGAACAGUGGCCUCAAGCUGCAACAGGGGAAAUUUAGGUUGGAGAUUAGGAGGAGGAAUUUCCUGUCCAUGAAGGUGGUAAAACAUUGGAACAGGCUACCUAGAGAAGUUGUGGAAUCUCCAUCUUUGGAAGUUUUCAAGAGCAGGUCAGACAUUACACUUUGCUGGGAUGGGUUAGUCAGGGAUGCCUCUGCCUUGAGCAGGCAGCUGGACUAGAUGACCUCGUGAGGUCCCUUCCAGCCCUACUUUUCUGUGAUUCUAAUGUUAGAGUGAGUAGAGCUUCUUACAUCACUAGUAUUUUUCUCUACAUUUAAUUGUAAAUGAACUUUAAUUCAGCCUUAAUUACCCCUAUGUAGGGCAAUAAAACCUGCAGUAGCCUUAACUUUUUAAUAAAGUUGUAUUAGCCACAACUGAAGUGGCUAUCGCUUGGCAAAAGUUGACUUGUUUGCAACAGCUAGCAUUUCCAGAAACCUUUAUUUUCUGAUUGGUUCUAAAUUCUCAUAUUUAAGGCCAAGCACUAUUUUUCUUAAAAUACUAGCCUUUUCUGAACUGGAAAUGGCUCCCUGCCCCAGAGCAAUUGCCAGCUUUGCCCAUUUAUAGCUCAACCCUGCUUGGCUUAGUCAGUAAGUACAACUGAAAACUGCUUAUGCAAGUAAAGCAAUCAGCACCCCUUGGAUUAGAAAGGGACAUUUCUGGAAAACUACUACAGGUUUUGUUCCUCCAGGGGACCUAAAACAUAUCUAGUUUUUAUUUUCAAUUACGUUUAUUAAAUACUUAGGUUUUUUUCCUGCCCUCAUGAAGGUGGUUUGGUAAAAUUCAAGACAGAUACCUUAGCUGUGGACCAAGUAAAAAAAAAAAACAAAAAAACAAAAAACAACCUCCCUUCUUCUUCCUUUAUCAUGUAACUUGCAUUUCCAGCCUUUAUAAAAUUUAUUUUUAGGUAAGAUGUUGGCUAGAUUUAACCUAAAUGCGUACUGUCACCUUUAUUAGUUUAAUUGUAUACCAAGAUUCCUCCUUUAAAUGUGUUGAGAGAUCAUGUUUAGUGUUUUAGCGAGAUUAAGACUAUUUGGUAUUUUCCCCCUUCUUUGUUACCAUAAAUCAAUUCAGUAUUUCCUCCUUUGUUUGGGAUAUGCACUCCAAAAAAAGGUAUGUAGCUCGUGUUUUUAACGCAGAUGUUACUUUCAGUUAGAAAUGGAAAUAAGAAAUUAAUUCUAGAGGCCUUUGUUUCCAUGAAAGGUGUGCUUAUAUUUUAUGUUGCUUAAAUAAGAACAGAGGUAUUCUGAAAUUAGCUAAAGCAAGAACUACUUAUUUUUAAUAUAUGUACUUUAAUUUACAUUUACAUAAAGGCAUAAAAGCUGUCAUACAACUAUGUUCUUGCAUUUGAAGGGGGUUAAUUUUUGUUGGAAAUAUUGACACUUAAGAGUUAGCCACAGAGCAUGUCAUGUUUUUACCUCAGUAUUGAGUUUUUGUCAUUUUUACUGUACACAUUGACCUAGAGAACUAGAUUGGUCUAAGUCACUGAUUCCCAAACUGUGGGUCACGAACCCAAAUGGGGUUGCAACAUCAGCAGAUGGGGGUGUGUGGGUGGGCAGCGGCCAUGCUGAGGAAAUGGGACCAUAAAUGGGGUCAUGCUGAGAAAAAAAUUGAGAAGCACUGCUUUAAGUGGACAAACUUUAAAUAUCAGUAAUGAAAAGCACUUGUGUCCAGAUCCUAUUUCCAUUUUCCUCAGUGGUGCAGCAUCAAACCUUAAGUGCAGAAUACUCUUGUAUUUAAGUGAUAGCGUAAUUAUUACCUGGUGCUAGAAUUCCUAUUAAGUAAUGAUUGUUUCUUGGUAGCUGCCUGCAAGCAGCUAUUGUUAUGCUUUGCGUAGCAGGUCACAAUAGGAAUUUUUAGCCUUUCUAGAAUCAGUGGUUCACUGCUUUAAUUGUUGAAAUUUUUCAUUGCUCAGUUGUUUGCUCAGAUUUGAAUACAUGCUCUUCAGGGCUUAAUAGUGGCUGAUGUACUGUAAGAUGGACUGCCAAAAGAUCUGGUAUUUUAAACGAAACAGCUUUCCAUGAUUGAAUUCUAGUAAUCAAAAUAUUUAAGUCAUUGUAAUGGGUUUGCUAUUAGAGAAUCGUUUUUGAAACUAAAACUUAGUACUUGAGUUUCAUACUGAGCACUGCUUUUCGAAAGUUGCCAUUGUCAUUUUUCAGAAGGUACUGUUUGUGGAGGUCAGUUUGUACUCCUGCCUUGUGGAAUCUACAGAUCACAAGUCCUGCAACAGCCUUUUCUAGGCAAAUCUUUUUUUUUCUGUUUUGCCUCCCUUCCCACUCCCCAUUCUCUCGCUCCACUUUUCAUUAACCAGCCACCGUGGUAGUUGACAUAACUAUUGGAUAUUUAUAGACUGGAUUUAAAACUUGCUGCUAUAUUUGAAAACUUGGUAAGGGUCAUGGUAACUGUGCCUUUCAUCAAUGUUUAUUCUAUGUGCCAUAGCUGUCAGUGUAUAUUUGAAAUAAAGACUUUAAAAAAAAAUCCAAUCUGUUCUGGAGUUCUUAAUUAAGAAAAGAAGAUCGUUAUAUGCACUGCAGUGUUUUAUGUCCAACAUAUUAGGAGCAAAAAUGAUGCGAAUAGCAUGUUACACUAAUUUAAAGUACAGAAUUAUGCUAGUCUGUCUUUAGGAAUGUACUGUGAUCAUAUUUACUGUUGUAAAUAUUUUAAUCAUUAAAAAUUGAUGCAUCAAGUUUUUUUUACACAAUUAUCUACAAUAAAGAGAAAUUUACAACCAUUUACAAAAAGUAGUCUUAACUUUUUCCUGUCAAGACAGCCAAGAUUAAGACUAACUACACAGCAGACACAGUCCUGUUUUUAUUUCACUCUGUACUUGUAGAAAGAACAAAGUG